AUGACCGGCAACGCGAAGCUCAAGGACCGUCGGAGGGAGGAUUACCGCUACAUUUUAGACUACCGGACGCGAUGGGCCGAUAAUGACAUGUAUCAACACAUGAAUAAUAGUAUCUACAGUUUUCUAUAUGACUCGGUAGUCAACACGUACCUGAUUGAGCACUGUAAUCUGUCGCCCUCAGAGUCUAAGCAGUACGGCCUUGUGGUACACUCACAUAGCGACUACUUUGCUUCCAUCUCGUUCCCCGCUGUUGCUGAACUAGCGCUCCGCGUCAACAAGUUGGGCAAGUCUAGCGUGACAUAUGAGAUUGCUCUCUUUGAAAAGGGUAUAAGCGAGGUGAGAGCAGUCGGAGAGUUUGUCCAUGUUUUUGUUGAAAGAUCUACCGGCCGUCCAACCGUAUCUGGAAUGAGCGAUGAAUUGCGGAGGGGAUUGGAGCGAAUUCUUGUAGUGGACAGGGAAAACAAGCUCUAA